UCAGAUCCUCAAUUUUCUAUUCGUAAAUUUGUCCGAAUACGAAAAAGAAAAUCUGGGUCUGGGUGUAUAUAACUUUUUCAAUUUUUCGUCUGAGAAAAAAUCUCAACUUUAAUCGGAGUAUCGAGCGCUGAGAUAUAUAUUAUUACCUAACAAGCAACUACUGAAAGGGGGAGACUAGACUUUCAGGCGUAAAUUCAUCUCAGUAGUAUUUGAGCCUUUGAGGUGAAUGAUCAUGAUAUCUCCCCUACUCCAAGCAGCCUAAUUAGAUUUCUAACUUCCCUGAAAUUUAGGAACACAGGAGGUAAAGAAGUUGCAGUUCAAAUGGGGGAGUUCGAUAAUGUGCAAUAUACUGGAGUUGAUAUGGGAGGGGUUCCAGUGUUGGAUAAUAUCAAGAAAGUUUCUAUGGUGCCCCUCAUCUUUCUCAUCUUCUAUGAGGUAUCUGGAGGACCAUUUGGUAUUGAAGAUAGUGUUAAAGCAGCUGGUCCUCUCCUUGCGCUAUUAGGUUUCUUGGUUUUUCCGUUCAUAUGGAGUGUGCCGGAGGCAUUGAUCACUGCAGAAAUGGGUACCAUGUUUCCGGAAAAUGGAGGUUAUGUUACGUGGGUUGCAUCAGCUUUGGGUCCUUAUUGGGGUUUUAUGCAAGGUUGGAUGAAAUGGCUUAGUGGGGUUAUUGAUAAUGCUUUGUACCCUGUCUUGUUUCUAGAUUAUUUGAAAUCAGCUAUCCCUGCUUUAGGUGGAGGCUGGCCAAGGGUAUUAGCAGUUGUGGUUUUAACAAUAGCUUUUACUUACAUGAACUAUAGAGGUUUAACUAUUGUUGGGUGGUUCGCUGUCUUCUUAGGAGUCUUCUCGAUUAUUCCUUUCGUGGUUAUGGGACUUAUUUCGAUCCCCAAAUUGGAACCUUCCAGUUGGCUUGUGGUGGAUAUUCAUAACGUCAGUUGGGGUUUAUAUUUGAACACUCUCUUUUGGAAUUUGAACUAUUGGGAUUCAAUAAGUACUCUGGCGGGAGAAGUUGAUAACCCCAAAAAGACUCUUCCAAAGGCUUUGUUUUACGCCUUAAUCUUGGUUGUCUGUGCGUACUUCUUCCCUCUUCUUAUUGGUACGGGUGCUGUACCAGUUGAACGUGAUACGUGGACUGACGGAUAUUUUUCAGACAUUGCAAAAAUCAUAGGAGGGGUCUGGUUGAGAUAUUGGGUACAAGCUGCUGCAGCAUUAUCAAACAUGGGGUGUUUUGUAACCGAGAUGAGUAGUGAUUCUUUCCAACUUCUCGGGAUGGCAGAGCGUGGAAUUAUUCCAGAGUUCUUUGGGAAGAGAUCACGUUAUGGUACCCCUUCAGUUGGUAUUUUGUUCUCUGCUUCAGGAGUGCUUUUGUUGUCCUCAAUGAGCUUUCAAGAGAUUGUAGCUGCAGAAAACUUUCUUUACUGUUUUGGGAUGAUACUGGAGUUUAUAGCAUUUAUUCGCUUAAGGAUAAAGUACCCUGCGGUGGCAAGACCUUAUAAAAUACCUGUUGGAACGGUUGGUUCUAUAUUAAUGUGUGUUCCUCCAACUAUAUUGAUUUGCGUGGUUUUAGCUCUUGCUUCUUUUAAGGUAAUGCUUGUAAGUUUCGCAGCAAUUGUUAUUGGGUCCCUUUUGCCACCUUUGUUUGGAUACACUGAGAAAAUGGGGUGGUUAAGGUUCUCUACUAGCGCUGCUCUUCCUGAUCUCUUCGCUUUAAAUCGAGACAGUGCCCAAUCUUUAGUCCAUUAAAAUGAUGAAGAGGUUUUCCUUCUUGGGUUUAUGAUGGACAAACAUGAGGUGGAUUAUGGCGAAUUCUAUGACAUGAAAGUGAGCCAGUUCUGUGGAAAUUCCUAUCAGAAGCCUCUUCUCGGGUAAUACAAUGCACAAAUGCACACUUCAAUGAUUUAUGUUGAUGCUUCUUUUUAUGACUGUGAAAAGAAUUCAUGUCUGGAUACUUGUCGACACUUUCACUUCUUGCCUCCGUUGUCAUAGGUUUACUUAUGUUAACAGUUAAGAGAAAACUUUGAUGUUAUCUUGUUUACAGUUAAAUUCUUCCUUCCAGAUGUAUAUUAGUAAUAGUUCCAAGUUUCGACCCAUCUUUCUUUACUCAUGUCUGCUUUUGGUUCUUGCUUUCUUGUAUACCUGGUUGUUCGUCAGCUGUUUUUACAUGGCAAAGUGUGGAUCUGAUGACUUUACAGAAGUAGUUAAAACUAUCCAAGACAAUGUAAGUCAUGGUGUUGUAGGGGUUUUUAUUGUAAUCUGCUGUUCUAAUGAUAAAUUGAAAUACUCAACUUUUUAGUUUAUGAA